GAAAGGAAAAGACAAUUUACACGCGGGUCGGCUGUAGCUCUACCAUACUGGUCAAUAGUAUUGGCCCACGCCUCAUGAAAUUGUCUUCCCAUGAGACUGAGAUCGCACUUGUGAAUUAAUCUUUGUAAGACAACAUUAUUACUUCUAGAAAGGAAUCACAAAAUGGAUAAAAAUUAGGAAUUAUUACUUCGAUAAUUUGGGUUUAUUUAAAUAGAAAAUCAAGCUAGAUUAGAAGAGAAUUUUGAUUAGAUUUGAGUACAUAUUCCUUGUCUUAUUAUUUAUCAAUUAAUCAUUUCUGAUAAUGCAGAUGUUAUCAUCUGAGGUUGCAUAUCCAAUAUUUUGCUAACCGUAUCAUUUUGUAAGAUACACAUUUAUUAGUAAUUUUAAAAUGCUAACAACAAAAUAGAAAGAAAUGGAAGUAUAGAUAACCAAUAUUUUGCUAAUCAUAUCAUUUUGUAAGAUACACAUUCAUUAGGUAAUUUUAAAGUGCUAACAACAAAAAUAGAAGUAUUCAAUAAUUAAAUACUAGAUUUUGAUUUGUUUGAUAGAAUGUUAAAAUAAAAUAAAAAGGUUAGCGGUAAUUUUUUUUAUUUGCAAUAUUUUAUUUAAUUUUCGUUAAUUUGUUUAAGAUUAUGUCACAACAAUAUUAUCCAAUGUGUUCUCAUGAGUAAAAAAAAAAAUCGGAAAAAUGCUUAUAAAUAGAGAUUUAAAGCAAUAAACAACAUUUUACCGAAUAAAUAAAUAAAAAUCAAAGUGGUAGACGAUUGUCGUUGACGUCCAACUUAAAUACGCAGGAGAGGAAGCAAUAACCGCACGAGUCGUUUUAAUUUUCCGUUAUGAAGCUUCGAUAGCGAUUUGAAACCUGAAAACAAAAACAAAAAGGAAACGGCCGAAUCAUUAUUGAUUACCUCAAUCGCUUUCGCCGAAACUCAGAAGAUCUAUAAACCCCAAACUAUUUUCGUAUCUCUCUCUCUCUGUGGUUUCUGAAUAGUGAAAGGGUUCGAGGUCGAUACGACGCCGAUUAGCUCAUUUCCCGGGGGGAUAGAGAGAGAGAGAGAGAUUGGAGAUGGAUGAUCGAGGAGGAGGAGGAGGCUCGUUCGUGGCGGUGAGGAGGGUAGCUCCACGGCUGGAACAGGGAAGCGUUUACCAUUCUUCAUCAUCUCCUGAGGUUGUGGCUGGAUCGGCAGCUUGGUUAGGCCGUGGCCUUUCCUGUGUUUGUGCCCAGGGAAGCAAUGGCGACACCCGUCUUUCUUUUGAUCUUACACCUGCACAGGAGGAAUGCCUGCUGAGGUUGCAGAGCCGCAUUGAUGUUGCAUAUGACAGCUCAAUACCUCACCAUCAGGAAGCUCUCAAGGAUCUUUGGAAACUUGCUUUUCCAGAAGAAGAGCUACACGGAAUUGUAUCUGAGCAGUGGAAGGAAAUGGGUUGGCAGGGAAAAGAUCCAUCAACUGAUUUUAGGGGUGGUGGUUUCAUAUCUCUUGAAAACUUGUUGUACUUCGCUAAGAAUUUCCCGAAAUCCUUCCAGGACCUUCUGCGCAAGCAGGUUGGGGAUCGUUCUGUGUGGGAAUACCCGUUUGCCGUUGCUGGCGUCAAUAUCACGUUCAUGCUUAUCCAGAUGCUUGGCCUUGAAGCAGUGAAACCACGAAGUAUUGUUGGCGAAACAUUUUUGAGAUUCCUUUCAGUGAAUGAAUCUGCUUUUGACCUUCUGUAUUGUAUUGCCUUCAAGCUAAUGGAUCAGCAAUGGCUCUCCAUGCGUGCUUCAUACAUGGAAUUUAACACGGUAAUGAAAUCGACAAGGCGGCAAUUGGAGAGAGAGAUAAUGGUUGAAGAAAUAACAUGUAUUGAAGAUAUGCCAUCAUACAGCCUUCUAAGUCAAUAAAAUAGCAAACAGCUUACGAAGGACUACAUUGUAAGUAGAAAGAUCUAACACCUCAAGAAACUCUUAUAUCGAAAAGCCUAAGACAACAGCAGAGCAUACAAGCAAAAAAGAGGAGGACAAGGUCUCUCUUUCUCUCACCACUUUACUUCUGGGAGUACUGUUUUAUCUUAGUGAUUGGCUCCAUGAGAUUUGGGACAUUGGGUUGUUAUUUCUUUGAAACAGAUAUUAUUCAGGCUUUGUUUCGUAUGGGAUUAGUUCUAACUUGUGGUGCUUGUAAAAACAUUGUUGGCUAUUAAAUUUACAUGACAUCUUAAUAAAUUUAAAUGGAAUGUGAUUCUGUAGAUCA